AUGGAUAAUGAACAACCCCGGGAUCACAGUAAGGAAGAUGGAGGGGCAGAUACGGACGCCUACAACAAGCUAGAGGUCGUCAUCUCCCCGGACUGUAGUCACCGGCGCAAGUCGUCGUUAGUCAUGGCCAAUGAGUCCGGCAAGAUCCCGCAUUUGGACCGCCCCGACGAGAAAACCGCCUGCUUCGUGCAUUCCCUGAUCGCAGGGGAAUGGGUCGACCCGUCGGCGCAUGCACGAGAUGGACAGGACCGGACAGGCGACGACGACUUCAUCAUCGGCGACGGUGUGGAGGAAAACGACGUGAUAGUCACGGACACGGGCGAUGAGCGCACAAGGACCGCCCAAAAGGUGGUGCACUCGCGGCACCUGACGAAAAAGCAGCUUUCGGACAUGGCCUGGAACGUGCGCAAACUGUCCAAGAAGCUGGAUAGCAUCAAGCUCAAGCUCUCGGUAAAGAACGUCUUCCUGGUCACCAAGGCGGGAGACGAGACGGUUAUCGGCCACACGAGGGAUAUCGCGCGGUGGUUCCUUUCUAGUGACCGCGACACGAAAUAUAAUGUCUACGUGGAACAGCGAUUAGAGUCUGAACCGGAGUUUGCGGCGUCGAAAUUGCUGCAAGAGGAGCCCUCGGCGGAUGAUCGACUCAGGUAUUGGGAUACGGCCUUUGCGCAUGAGAAUGCCCAUUUGUUCGAUUUCGUCAUUACGCUGGGCGGAGAUGGGACGGUUCUAUAUACGAGUUGGUUAUUCCAGCACGUGGUGCCGCCGGUGCUCUCCUUUUCUCUGGGGUCGCUGGGCUUCCUGACCAAGUUCGACUUCAACCACCAUCAGAAGACCCUCGAAACUGCCCUCAAAGACGGCGUGGCCGUUAGCUUGAGACUCAGGUUUGAAUGCACGAUAAUGAGAAGCAACCCGCUUCCACAAGGGUCAGGCCAUGUCAAGCGCGACAUGGUGGAAGAGCUGAUCGGCGAAGAAACCGACGGCACGUUAACGCAUAAACCGGAUAAAGUUGUCCAGAUCCUGAACGAUGUCGUCCUCGACCGGGGGCCCAAUGCCACAAUGUCAUCUAUCGAGUUGUUUGGCGACGACGAGCACUUCACCACGCUCCUAGCAGACGGGGUCUGUGUAGCGACACCGACAGGUUCAACGGCAUACAAUCUGGCUGCUGGGGGCUCUCUUUGCCAUCCUGAUAACCCGGUCAUCCUCGUCACUGCUAUCUGCGCCCACACACUGUCUUUCCGACCGAUCAUUCUACCGGAUACGAUUGUCCUACGAAUGGGAGUGCCUUACGAUGCACGGACAAGUUCGUGGGCGAGUUUCGACGGACGAGAGAGAAUUGAACUACAUCCCGGUGACUACCUGACCGUUUCGGCAUCGCGAUAUCCAUUUGCGAAUGUUCUUCCGCAAAACCGACGCGGCAACGACUGGGUGCAAAGCAUCUCAAAGACACUAAACUGGAACUCUAGACAAAAGCAGAAGAGUACAAAGUAG